UUUCCCAUUGUUCAGAAAGAAAAUGAUGUUUAUAUUUGGUCUUGUUUUCUGUCAACUUAUGGUCAUUGCUACAGCAGACUGCAGUCCAAAACUUGAUAAUGCAGUAGUUGAAGAUCUCUUAACAAUGUUAAUUAGAUAUAAAGGAGGAUCUGAAUUCAGAAACUACAGAAAAUUAAGAGAUAUUCCUGCCUUUACUGCAUCCUUAUCAACUUCUCAGAAUAUAAAUGCUAAAGAUGUAGUAAAGUUUGAUAAAGUUUGGACUAACAAUGGAAACCACUACGAUCCUAACACCGGAAUAUUUCAAGCUCCACGAGAAGGGCUGUAUCAUGUAUCCACCACACUCAUGUCAGCAGCCGGAAAACUGGUUUAUGCUCACAUUUGGCAGAAUGAGAAACGGACGGUUGGAUUAUACCCUGGCACUGGCUUCAGCGAAGCUACUGCUAACAUGGUAUUACAUUUAAAGAAAGGCGACAAAGUUACAGUGAGAGGUGGGGGCCAACCUGAUCUGUUCAGCAGUAAUGACUACUACUGUUUGUUCUCUGUUUAUCUUAUAGCACAAUAA